AUGUUGUGUUGUUGAUCGUCCGGUUUGCACGUUGGUUCAGUUUUCCGAGAUAAUUUUCUUCGAUUUUCCUUACAAUCCAGCGCUAAAAUGUCAUCUUUUUUCCUGAAAGGGAAGCCCCGGACGGCUCCGAAGCGCAAGUUCCAGAAGCCGCAACCAAAACAGAAGAAAAAGGAAGUCUUAGGACGUAAAGAAAAGGACGAAUCCGAGGAGGAAAUCGACAGCGAUGAGGAGGAGGAACAGACGGCGGUUGCCAGUGGCAAGCAGUUCAACUUUGAAGACGAGGAUGAGGUAUUCACGGAAACGGCCCAAGACAAGCGGCUGCGAUUGGCCAAAAAGUAUCUGAAUGAAGUAGAGGAAGCGGAGCGGGCGCGUAAAGAAGAUGGAGAUAUCCACGACAGCGUCACCGCGGUCCUGAAGGAGGAUUAUCUGGAGAGUAUAGGCAGAUUGUACCGGGAGGUGUCCUCGCGGUACACUGGAUUCGAUAUGGAACGGGCGGUGAAUUUGCGAUACAAGCAGCAGCAUCUGUCGCCGACGUGUCUGUGUUUGACUGACGACGAUCGGUUUCUGUACGUCGCGAAUAAGAAUGGUAUCAUUGUCCGGUGGGACCUGGCCAAGCGGGGACGGUUGGCGGUGACAAAGGCUCAGAAGACGGCAGUUUUUGCGUUGGCCAUUUCUCACGAUUUGAAGUUUUUGGCAGUGGCCGAUGGAACCAAUGAGAUCAAGGUGCUGGACGGAGCGACACUGGCACCGGUGAAUACGUUGAGUGGGCAUUCGGACGUUGUUACCGGGGUGGUUUUUCGGAAGAAUACCCAUCAGUUGUUUUCGUGCGCCAAGGAUAGGACGGUGAAGGUCUGGUCCCUGGAUGAGAUGCUCUACGUGGAGACAUUAUACGGUCAUCAAACACCGGUUACCAGCAUUGAUGCCCUGUCCCGGGAACGGUGCAUUACUUCCGGGGGAAGCGAUUGCUCCAUUCGCAUCUGGAAGAUAGUGGAAGAAUCGCAGUUGGUGUACAACUGUCAUCCUAGCACGGAUAGCGUCGAAUGCGUCAAGUUGAUCGGCAACGAACAUUUCGUGACCUGUGGAAUUGAUGGUUCCCUAUCGGUUUGGAGUUCCGGCAAGAAAAAGCCCCAGAGUACGGUUCAGUUUGCCCAUGGGAAGACGGCCAAUGGGGAGGCGAAUUGGAUAAGUGCCAUCGCGUCGCUUCUGAACACGGAUGUGAUCGCUUCCGGAUCGUGCGAUGGCUUCGUACGCGUUUGGAGGCUGAUUGGAGCUAGUAAGACGAUUGAACCGUUGAUGGAAGUACCGGUGGAAGGAUUUGUCAAUGCACUCACGUUCAGCAACGACGGCAAGCAGUUGAUCGUUUGUGUGGGACAGGAACAUCGGUUGGGGCGAUGGUGGACGCUGAAGCAGGCCAAGAAUCGAACGCUCGUUGUUCCGCUGAUUGUCAGUGAGGAUGAGACGGCGGGUAAAAGGAAGAAGCCGGUUGAUUUAUAGAUUUUCGUAAUAAAUGUUUGAUGUAAGCG